AUAUCGUUGGGUCAUAGAAACGUGGUCAGCCGUUCGCAGCUAUAUCGCACUUUCAGCCCAUCUAGAGCGGUCCAAAUCAUUCCAAUGCGUUGUCUGCAGGGAAUUUUGACUAUUAUUAAUAUAUUCGCCGGUUCGCUUGCAUAGUUAACUAAAUUCUGUUUGUUCUGAAUAAUAGUUUAGCGAUCGAGAUGGUGCGGACAGCGGAGAGAACGGAGAAGCAUUCUGGAUAUAUCCUCCGGGCCUAUAGCAAUCUGCAUAUCCAACAAUCGGCAAACAUUCGUCCUUUGAAUGCCCAGGUGUGCGCGUGGUCAUACCAAAACCGAUCCGAAGUUGCAACAUCACUUGCAGUCAUGACGGAGCCAAAUAUCGCCAGAUCAUUGGCACCUGCUCCUCCUGGCUUCCAACGCAGGCCGAGUGCAGAGCCCCAGAGGCAACGGAAGAACAUUUCUACCGCUUGUACUGCCUGUAAAGCUAGAAAAUGGAAGUGUACUGGAUCAGCCCCAUGCAACAACUGUGUUCGCAGUAAUACUGAGUGUAUCAUAGACGAGUUGAGCGACAAUCGUCGUCGACUUGGCUUGAAACGCAAGUUGGAGGAGCUCACCGAAGAUAAGAAGCUGCUUGUUCAGUUGGUUGAGACUCUUCGAUACAGUUCCAAUGAACAUGUCAUGAGACUUCUAGACCUCAUCCGGAACAAGAGCGCCUCCUUGGAUGAGAUCAAGGACUAUUUUGAUGGGAAAGUAACCGACAGUGAAUUUGAUACGACUCCUGAGCUGCAGGAAGUUCAUGACCGCCUUGAAGCGAGAGCAUCUAGGCGGUCCAGUCGUCGGUUGUUGGAUGUCACUUGGCUCUCCAACAUCCCGGUCGUUGAAGUUCCGGCACAUCCAUGGACGACGGUCACAGAUGAUGACGGCCUUGUUUCGUUUCUCAUUUCCCUAUGGCUGACAUGGAACCACCCUUUUUGUAACUGGAUCGAUCGUGAUUUGUUCAUCAGAGAUAUGAGAUCAAAGAACACAAACUGCACUUUUUGCUCACCGUUCUUGGUGAAUAGCAUCCUGACCAAAGCUUCGUUCUACUGCGAUUAUCCUGAGGUGCUUGACGAUGUCAAUGACCCGGAAUCAAAGGGUAUGCACUUCUAUAGAGAAGCAAAAGAGUUGUUCGAACGGCAAGACGGGCGAAUCACUAUUCCCACAAUUCAAGGAUAUGCCACUUUACUGACAAGCACCGCUCUUAUUGGCAAAGAUCGUCUUGUCUGGCUGUCCCUUGGCCAGCUCGGACGAAUGGUAGCUGAUAUCUCAUCAUCACACCUGCCGAUGCAGCUAAACAGUGAUGAGAACAAACGUGUUGAAGGAAGAGCAAUUGAUAACACAAUUUGGGGAGUGUACAAUCUUACUGCAAUGUUUUCGACCAUUUUCAUGAAACCCCUUGACCUAAAGAAACCCCUCAGACCCCGUUUACCCUCCGACCACGAUGAUGAAGAUGUUUCCGUGGUGGCGUGGAAUCCGUAUCCUCGCCAUGGCGAUGAUCAGCCAUCUCAUCUUGCAUGUGUCUUUAAUAGCCUUAGUAAACUCAAUGAGUUGAACGUUGAAGCUACCCGACGGCUUCUUAAAGACGAGUCACGGAAGGCAAUGUCUCGUCCGGAUAUUGAGAUUGUCGUUAGCUCUAUUUUUCCACGAUUGCAAGCAUGGACAAUCAGCAGUCCCGCAUAUUCUAGUUUUGCAGAAACCUGCGUUGAGUCCGCACUGCAGAUUGCGCAAAUGAUUCGACUCUACCGCUCCAAAUGGAGCAUCGAAUUUAUAUCCGGGACAGCGGUGUACUGGGUAUCGAUCGCGCUAUUCGUUCUGCUCGACGAUCUUGAAAAUCCAUCCAAUCGUCGAGCGUUCAUCGAUCUCUGCUCUGUGGCAAUGGCUCUCUCAAAACAAUGGUUUCUCGCCAAGGGGAUUCUUCGAAUGCUUCAAAUCACCGCAAAGCAGAUGCGUGUCUCUCUCCCACCAGAGACGGAGCCCUUUUUGCAGGACUUUGACAGCGAUAUGUGGCGCCAGGAAAGAGGUCGGAGACGGCUCAGCAGUGCCUUUCCUAAUUUCUCGUUAUUGUUCCAGCGUGUAACAGGAGCGGGAGGAGGGUUAAAUGAUCCGAUUGAUUUGGAUAAGUACUUAGAGAAGUUGGAUAAUUUUUCAAAGUUGGAGGAUUUGUCCCGGUUGGAAAUCGCGCAUAGCCCGCCGGUCACCCCUUCCUGA